AGAGAGAGAGAGAGAUAAAAACUGAGAAAGACAACGUGAGGCCAAGCUGUAAUUUCGAAAUAUAUAAAUAAAUAAAUAUCAAACAAUUUUUGGUUUGUUUUCCUGUUAAAGCUUCAUUGGUGGGAUAUAUUCACUUUCCCACAAUCCCAACUCCUCCAAUCUCCACCCAUAAGGAAGGAGCUCGCUCAUUCAACCGCAUUCUUCACCAAAACCACAAAGGUAUCAAGUCAUCAAUAUGGUGAAUAAACCGUUCUCUGUGGAUUUGAAUAAGCCUUUGGUCUUUCAGGUUGGUCAUCUUGGAGAAGCUUACGAUCAAUGGGUUCAUCAGCCUAUAGUGAGCAAGGAAGGCCCCAGAUUUUUCGGGAAUGACUUUUGCGAGCUCCUCACCAAAACAGCAUGGUGGGUGAUUCCACUUAUUUGGCUGCCGGUUGUGUGCUGGCUUGUCACCACGUCUCUUCAAAUGGGCCUUACUCUUCCUCUGGCAGCUCAAAAAUUGGUUGUUGGAAUUUUCCUUUGGACAUUGAUGGAGUACAGUUUGCACCGAUUUCUUUUCCACAUAAAAACAACAAGCUACUGGGGAAACACUUUUCAUUAUCUUCUUCAUGGUUGCCAUCACAAGCACCCCAUGGAUGGAUUGCGACUUGUAUUCCCUCCUGUGGCAGCAGCUAUUCUAUGUGUGCCAUUUUGGACCAUUGUUAGACUUUCAUCAUCACCAUCAGUUGCUCCAGCAUUGUUCGGAGGGAUUUUAUUAGGAUAUGUUAUGUAUGAUGUUACUCACUACUACUUACAUCACGGGAAGCCAUUAACGGGAAUGACACAAAGUUUGAAGAGAUAUCACUUGAGGCAUCACUUUAAAGCUCGAACUGUGGGAUUUGGGAUCACUUCACCUUUAUGGGACAUGGUGUUUGGAACCCUUCCUGCAAAAGAUGCAGGUGGGAAAAUUAGAUAACAAAAAUGGUAGUAAUAUUAUGGAAAAUCAUUUAUGAUGUUUGAAUGGUGUUUGGCUUACAUGGGUUUUCCUUAUGAUUUUGUAUUAAGCCUUGUCAUGACAUAUCUUUACAUAUGUAUGUAUCACCAUUUCAUCUGAUUAAUUUAAAUAUCAUCUUACAGUUAUA